AUGGCGGUAAUGCAACACUCAGGAUGUCAGCUAACAUUAAACGUCAAAGAAGAAGAAGAGGAAUAUGACUCUCACUCUUUAGCUCAGUAUACACAACUAUAACAAGAUUGUGCGAUGGUCUUGACACAAAGAUGACCUGCAUGACCCUGCGCUUAUGACCGACAGAGAAUCUCACAUUUAGCAGGUCAAAGUUGAGGUUCCACACAGGGUGACCCAUGCUUUCUGAUGAGCUUGACUCCAAACCAGAGCUGCUGGUGCAGUUUGUGCAGAACGCGUCCAUCCCGCUGGUGCAGGGACUGGAGGACUCAGAGUCCAAACGCUGCUGCCUGCCUCUGCUGGCUCCAGCUGAGAGCUCGCUGUGCAGCCCACUGGAGCUCACAGAUGGGAGCCUGAGCCAUGUGCAUGCGAGUUCUCCCUCCCUGUCAGAGUUUGGAGGUGUAUCAGCGCGAAGCCCGUUAGUGAUCCAGACACACCAUCAUCCACAGGCUUCACCCAGCCCCCCACCCAUCCUCCAUGACCUACAGCAGUCAGACAGCACUUCUUACGUCCUGCUGAACCUUGCAAAAGGCAUCACAGCCUCCUCAGAGUCCCUAAUCUUCGCUGCAGAUGGCGCCGGGGAGGAUGACGAGGAGGGGGUGUCAUCAGGGGACUACGGGAUCGAUGGCAGUGCUCCCUGGUAUCUGCGGGUACAGGAGCUCGCACAUGACAGCCUGAUUGCCGCCACGCGGGCGCAACUUGCGAGAGAUGCCAGGGCCAGCCAGGACGCCAGAGCUGCAAGUGUCAGCAACGGUGACCACACACACAGUUUGCCAGCAGACGGGGACAAGCGUGAGCUGCCGUCUCGGACCAGCCGCCCCCUCUCCAAACAGAUCCUCCGCUGCUCGUUUGAGGGAUGCUGCAGGACGUUCACUUGGCCGGCUCAUCUCAAAUACCACCUCAAAACACACAGGAACGACCGGAUGUUCCGGUGCGGCGCAGAGGGCUGUGGGAAGAGUUUCUACGUUCUGCAGCGGCUGCAGGUUCACAUGAGGACUCACAACGGCGAGAAGCCCUUCAUCUGCAAGGAGAAGAACUGUGGCAAGAAGUUCACCACGGCUGGAAACUUGAAGAACCACAGGCGUAUACACACAGGAGAGAAGCCUUUUCUGUGUGAAGCAGAUGGUUGUGGGCGAUCCUUUGCAGAGUAUUCCAGUCUACGGAAACACAUGCUCGUACAUUCUGGCGAGAAGCCUCAUCACUGCGGGAUCUGUGGGAAGACUUUCUCUCAGUCCGGCAGCAGGAACGUCCACAUGAGGAAGAGACACGGAGAGGAGGGGCUCAGCAGUGAAAGCAGAGAAACGGGAGAGGCUCUGACACACAGCAGCCUGCUGGAGGCGGACGGCGAAAAUGGAGACGGUAUGGUCACCAUGACAACGACCGUGGAACCCAUGAAUCUUCACCACGCCAUGCUGAGAUCACCAGGCUCUGCAGACUCGGUGGUUGUUCUCUCUCAGCCACAUGAAUUGGUGACCAUGACGACCGAAGACCAUGCAUAUGGAGAAGAUGUGGUGGCGCUGCUGUAGUCUGCCAUCAUGCAAAAUGUCAACACACUGCCUAUUUCAGCUGCGCCUGACUGGCGUAGACGUUCGUUUGUAAAUAGAUUAAUGGCUGGCUUUCACCCCUGUAGAUACUUGUAAUUAGCAACCGAUGCUUUUUGACAAGCUGGCAAAGUUUGUACAAACAACCUUUUUCCUCAAGUUUUUGAAAACAAAUACUCCCAAAGAAAUACUGAGACGGGUUUAAAAGUUUAUGAAAAUAUAAUGACCAUGCAUUGUACAUUAUCAUUGUAAACCGCAGUCGGGGGUUGAAAUGCAGUGAUGACAUUCUCUCGUGGAAAAUGAGUUCCACUUAUUUUUAAAACUUCAAUGGCAGAUAUGAUCACCUGUUGAAUGUUAAUGUACCAGACACGUAGACCCCAUUAUCAUUUUAGUAUACUAAAAAACACAUGACAUUAAAACUACCAAAGCACAGUCCAUCACACCGCUGCAUGUAAACUUUGGUCUUGCACAGCCGAACAAGCCAGGCCCCCCCCCCCCCCCCUGUUCAUCAGCCUGAGGAAAACAAAAACAUCUCUCACACAAAUUGUAUAUCCAGUAAUGCAUUAUCAGAAUGUGUAUUUUUCACUCAAAUGUCAACCUCUAGUGCUUCACUUGUAAGACAACUCAUUUACAGCUCAAUAUAUUAACACUUGAAAAUAACUGCUUUUUAAAAUAAAUGACGAAUUACUCAUGAGGUUAGCUCUGCCCAGUUGUAAAACAAACUGCAGACAUCUGCGGCCGUUCGAUUAGGUAGUGCACAUUACCCGUGUUGGUUACUGAGCACCACCUACAGAUCAGCAGUGUUUGUUCCUGCCUUCUCCUCAGUGGAUCUUCAGGUUGUGGAAGUGAUCCAACGUGGCGCCUAAAGCCCAGCUUGCCUCCACGUUGUUCACUUUCUUGGUCAACUAGGAAAGGGGAAAAAAAAACACCAAAUCACUCAAAUGCCUUUUGUAUUUAUUGAAAUAAAAAAAAGUAACAAUGUU